AACCUACCUCAUCCUCACGCAAACUUCACCCUCUUAGCGUAACCUGUCGUCGUUCCUACGUGACUCGCAUCAAUCGAUUCCUCUUUCUAGUCGCCCACCACAUAGAUCUUCGCGUGAAAAGUUCUCCCGCUCGAGUCUCUCCGCACCAUAUCGAUAUCGGCAAACCCCACCUUAAUUUUCUCAACCCAAGAUCCUCGACCUGUGGAUCUUGACAUCUUCCUUCGUGCUCUGCUGGACACUGCCCCGACAAAGGGUAGAAUUGGAAGAAAAUGGUAGACAGGGAUCCGGGUACUCCUACCUGGAAGUUCACGCAGUGCUUCGGUGACAAAGGAGAUGUUGAGGACAUCACGGAAGCUGAUAUUAUCUCGACUGUCGAGUUCGACCAUACUGGAAACUAUCUAGCGACGGGUGACAAGGGCGGACGGGUGGUGUUGUUUGAGAGAAACGAAACGAAAAAAACUUGCGAAUACAAAUUCCACACCGAGUUUCAAUCGCACGAACCGGAGUUUGAUUACCUGAAAUCCCUGGAGAUCGAAGAAAAGAUCAACAAGAUUAAAUGGUGCAGACGGCAGAAUGCAUCUCAUUUCCUCCUUUCGACGAACGAUAAGACGAUAAAGUUGUGGAAGGUGUUCGACAAGUCUCUGAAAGUCGUGGCGGAGAACAACCUCUCGAGCGAGCUGACUCCCGCGGGUGUGGGUGGUGGCGGCGCGCCCCGUGCGCCCCGACUGAACUUCAAGGACCCUUCCAUGUUGAAGCUUCCUCGGAUGACACAUCAUGAUACGGUUGUGGCCGCUGUUCCUCGGAGGACUUAUGCCAACGCGCAUGCGUAUCACAUCAAUAGCAUCUCCGUCAACAGCGAUGGGGAGACUUUCAUUAGCAGCGAUGACCUCCGAAUUAAUUUGUGGAACCUGAACAUCCAAGACCAGAGCUUUAACAUCGUCGACAUCAAACCGGCCAACAUGGAGGAACUUACGGAAGUUAUCACAGCCGCUGAAUUCCACCCAGUCAGCUGCAACUGGUUUAUGUACGCCAGCUCUAAGGGCACAAUCAAGCUUGCCGACAUGCGGCAGCGAGCAUUGUGCGACGAACACUCUAAGCUAUUCGAACAAGAGGAAGACGCCUCCUCCCGUUCUUUCUUCUCCGAGAUCAUCUCCUCGAUUUCAGACGUACGAUUCUCGCACGAUGGCCGAUACAUCGUGUCAAGAGACUACCUGACCGUCAAGAUCUGGGAUGUCAACAUGGAGAGACAACCUGUGAAGACGAUUCCUAUCCACGAGCACCUGCGACCCCGCCUCUGCGACACCUACGAGAACGAUAGCAUAUUUGACAAGUUCGAGGUUGUAUUCUCGGGUGAUGCGGAGAACGUCAUGACCGGAAGCUACAACAACAACUUCAUGAUCUACCCCACCGACCAGAGCAAGGAGACGGAGAUCGUGCUACAGGCCGACAAGUCUGCUUUCAAGGCUAAGAAGGUCGGUGUGCCGACACCGAUGAACAAGGGUGCCAAUGGAAAGAAGAAUGGGUCUCGAGCUGGUAGCCCGGCCGGCCCUGGCAGUCGGAUGAAGAAGGAGACCGAUGCGGACCAGAUCGACUUCAACAAGAAGAUCCUGCAUAUGAGCUGGCAUCCUUAUGAGGACAGUAUUGCUAUUGCUGCUACCAACAACCUCUUUGUCUUCUCCGCACUGUAAGUAUUUCGACCAGGUGGCUAUAAUCAUAAUUGGACAGGGCGUGUCAGUAUGUGGAACAAAGCAAUCAUGGGACAGAUAUGAGACAAAUGAUACUCCUAGCAGCAGCAUCUGAAGAUCCAAAAUUAAGUUGCCAGUUCAAGUUCAAG